AGGGUUUAGGCCCGCUAAACAAAGCCAAAAAUUAGGGUUUGAGGAUUUAUACCUCUAGUCCUUUCAUUUAUCGCCUCUUUCUUCUUCAUAUGAUCUAACAGAGUGCAGGCGGCGAAUUGAAGGAGCAGAGCCAUGGUGCACGUCAACUUCUACCGCAAUUAUGGUAAGACAUUUAAGAAGCCUCGCCGUCCUUACGAGAAGGAGCGUUUGGAUGCUGAAUUGAAGCUAGUUGGAGAGUACGGGCUUCGUAACAAGAGGGAACUCUGGAGAGUUCAAUAUGUUCUGAGUCGCAUUCGUAAUGCUGCUCGUCAUCUUCUCACUCUUGAUGAGAAGAACCCACGCCGUAUAUUUGAGGGAGAGGCUUUGCUCCGCAGGAUGAACCGUCACGGACUUUUAGACGAGGGUCAGAACAAGCUCGAUUAUGUAUUGGCUCUUACUGUUGAGAACUUCCUUGAGCGUCGUCUUCAGACACUUGUUUUCAAGUCUGGAAUGGCCAAAUCUAUCCAUCAUGCUCGUGUACUUAUCAGGCAAAGGCACAUUAGGGUUGGAAGACAAGUAGUGAAUAUCCCAUCUUUCAUGGUUAGAGUUGAUUCACAGAAGCACAUUGACUUCUCUCUCACAAGUCCAUUCGGCGGAGGUCGUCCUGGAAGAGUGAAGCGAAAGAACCAGAAGGCUGCUGCUAAGAAGGCUUCAGGUGGAGACGGAGACGAGGAAGAUGAAGAGUGAACACUCAACACCUAGUAAUAUCAUGCUGUAUUGCACAACCCAAUCCUCUUUUUUGUUGUUAAAUGCACAUUCAGUGGCUUAGCUUUAUCAUCUUGUUUCAACCUUCCGAACUAUAGAUUUUGUUGAAAGUUGUUCGCCGGUCUUGUUUGGGAUCAUGUAUCCCUUAUGUGUUUUGCGUAAUUAGAACUGCAGAAAUUUGAGCAACUGUCUUUAAUUUUAAGGUGCUAUCAGUUAUUGGUUGAGUUUGAUCAACUAACGGGA